AUGGAGGAGAAAAGGAGGGAGGAGGAAAAGAAGAGGGAAGUUUUGAAUAAUCCUGUGAAAAUGAAGAAAAUCAAAGCUUUGCUGCAGAACAGUUUGGAUAAAAAGGAGAAGAAGAAGAAGAAAGAGAAGAAGAAGAAGCACAAGAAGCACCGACGGCGCAGCUCCAGCAGCGACAGCUCCAGCAGUGAGGAGGAGAGAAGCAAAAAUAAGUCUCAGAAGAGGAUGGACAAUUCCUCCUGGAAACCUGCUCCUUACAAAGUCCCAGGAUAUGGUUUGCAGGUGAGAGACUCAGAGCAGAGCCACAGGUCCCGGAGCUCCCCAGGGCCUGGCCAGGACAGGGCUCCCCACAGGCACCGGGAUCGUUCCCGGAGCUCCUCCCGCUCCCCCCAGAGACAUCCCAGCAAGAGGAACUCGGAGCAAUCCGGCUCCAGGGGCUCAGGAUCUCCUUCCAAACACAGCAAACAGCACAGCAGUCGGGAGGAGAAGGGCAGAGCCAGGAGCCCUUCCCCCAAAAAGAGCUACAGGCGCCAGCACCCCCCGGGUUACACCAGAAAACUCUCUCCAGAGGAACUGGAGCGUAAACGGCAGGAAAUGAUGGAAAAUGCCAAGUGGAGGGAAGAGGAGAGAGCAAACAACCUCAGGAAACACAGGAAGGAGGAGGAGCUGGAGCGAGAGCUGGAGAAACUCGACGCCAGGGAUGGAAAGUUCUUCCACCGUUUGAAGCUGGAGAGUGCCUCCACCUCCACCCUGGAGGACCGUGUGAAGAGGAACAUCCACUCCCUGCAGAGAACUCCUGCUGCCUUGGAAAAGAACUUUAUGCAGAGAUGAGGCUUGUUCUCCCUCUGCUCCCGUGCAGCAGUUAAAUGGACUCUUGUUCCCAGAGGUGAGAGCCUUCCAGCACAGCCUCACUGCUCUCUCCAGGAACAAUUCCCAUCUCCCAGAGGUGCUGGAAUCUCUGUGCUGAGCCCAGGGCGUGCUCAGGACUGGGAAUACUUUUGUAAUGGGUGGGACCUUGGCCUGGGGAACUCGUGAGCCUUUGUGGUCCAUUUUUAACAUCUUGCCAGAGCUUUUCCUUCCUUCUCCCCGCCUUGACUGGUGUCACUUUUGUAUAUUAUUAUUACCAAAUUGUGCCAGGUGGUCACUGCUUCCUACUACCAAGCUCUUUAUAGGCCAGAGCUAAACAGAUAUUUUUAUUAAUCCUUAAAAAUCAGAGCAGAACCAAUUGACAUGUGAGUUAAUUUCAUGGAAUUUGAUAAAACCACACGAGCCCUGUCCAUCCUGUCACCAUUUCAGGUGUGCAGGGUGUGAUAUUAGGCCAGUCUCAGAGUGUCUGUGGCCAUUAUUUGGUUGCUCACAGAUUUCACUGGUAUUUGACCCAAAAGAAGCUGCUUCCAGGGGAAGGGAAAUGGGCAGAGCAUAGCUGGGUACAGCAGACAUUUCUCUGGGAUUUUCUACUGUAAGUAAUGUGUAUAUGUACAGCGGUGUAGAUUUAUUUUGUCUUUUUAAUUAAGAAACUUUCACUGUCA